GAGUAAUCGGGCCGGUGAUGACCGAGAACCGGCGUAAGAUCAUCGAAUUGCGUCCCGAGGAACCGCGUUCCGUCGUAUCCGCGCGAGAUCCGCGACUGACUGUGCGCGCGUCGCUUUGAUCUCGACGAGCAUCGAACCGACGAGCACCAAAAAUCGAUCGAAAUCGCUUCGAGGGUCCAGGAAUCGAUAAAUGAAAAUCUCACGUUGGGGGAACUCGAGCGAACGGAGGAAACGGAAGAUCGACGGAAUAGAAAAGGGAGUUCGUGGUUGGAGAUCGGGACAACAGUGUGGGGGAAAAAGUGAAAAUCGACUCUUGAACUCGAAGAUACGAAGUGUAGUCCGUAUCGUGGAUUCUUUUACACUUGAACACCGUGUAUAGGGAAGACAAAAGGCGAGGAUAGGCGAACCCGGGAUCCGUGAGAAAGUACUUCUGAGAUGGGGACCAUUUUACAGCAGUCGGUCUUGAAAGGCCGGCAGACCGACGGCACCAAGGAGAAGGAUUUGCUUCAUAAAUUAUUCAAUGAAACCGCGGCAAAUUAUUCCAGUCAGCUGGCGAUCUACUACGAAGACGAUAAUGGCGACGAGCACACGCUCACCUACGAGGAACUGAAUCAGCUGACGAACGGGAUCGCGCGGGUAUUGAAAAAAUGCGAGAAGCCCGAGAACACUUUGCAAUCGCUGGUGGCCGUUUGCAUGAAGCCGUCCCACCGACUUCCGGUGGUGCUGCUCGCCAUAAUCAAAGCUGGAAUGGCCUACCUGCCUCUGGACGCGGAGUUCCCGAUGUCCAGGGUGAAACACGUUCUGCAGGAGGCGAGGCCUUUCAUGGUGCUCAUGGAGGAAGGUGCCGAUUCGUCGAUCUACGAGGGCAGGAUCGCGAUCACGUACGAUCAGCUGGUGAAUCGAAGUCGUUGCGAGGAGAAUGGGAACUUGGACCAUCAUGAGGACCCCGAACAAUUCGCCAUCGUUCUCUACACUUCCGGUAGCACGGGCACACCGAAAGGGGUGCUUCUUCCACACGCGACCGUGUUGAAUCGAUUGAAAUGGCAAUGGCGCGAGCUACCCUACGCGUCGAACGAGAAACACUGCGUCUUCAAGACGUCCCUGACCUUCGUCGACAGUGUCUCUGAGAUUUGGGGGCCCCUUCUGCAGGGCCGUACCCUGGUGGUCGUCCCCAAACACGUUACGAAGGAUCCAGAGAUAUUCGUGCAAGUGCUGGACAAGCACAAGAUUCAACGAUUGGUACUGGUGCCUUCCUUACUGCACUCCAUGCUCAUGUACCUGAGUCUACGGGACAAGGACAACGUACUCCGCUCGUUGAAGUUAUGGAUAUGCUCCGGUGAAACGCUACCAGUCGCGCUGGCGGACCAGUUUUUCGCCACGUUCCGCGACAACGACAAAGUUUUGGCCAACUUUUACGGAAGCACCGAGAUCAUGGGCGACGUCACCUACCACCUGAUCGACAAUCGUAAUCAGCUACAGUCCGCGGAAAAAGUUCCCAUAGGAAAGCCGUUGGACAAUUGCAUCGUCUAUCUAGUAAACAAAGAAAUGCGUCUGGUGCCCCAAGGAGACGUCGGUGAACUGAUAGUGGCUGGAAGGAACCUAGCAGCCGGAUAUAUACGCGACAACGACUCUCGCAAGUUCCUCGACAACCCUCACGCCAUCGAUCCAGAGUAUUCGAGGAUCUAUCGAACGGGCGACUACGCCAGGAUAUCGAAGGGGGUUCUCAUCUACGAAGGGCGCGUAGACUCGCAGAUAAAAGUACGUGGACAUCGCGUGGACCUCACGGAGGUGGAGAAAGCUGUGUCCAGGGCGCCAGGCGUCGACGAAGUGGUCGUUCUCUGCUACAAACCGGGAGAAUUGUCCCAGACGCUACUCGCUUUCGUGACUACUACGAACGGUCAGUGUUGCGCGGAGAAAGUAGAAACGUAUCUGCAAGCUACUUUGCCACUGUACAUGCAGCCACAGAUCGUCGUCGUGGACAACAUACCGUUGUUAACGAACGGGAAGACGGAUCGUCAGACACUUUUGAAGCAGUACGAAUCCUCCAACAUCAACAAUGAGAGCGACGACUACGUGAAUUGCGAUUACGAAGGCGUCCCUGAGAAGGAUCUUGAAAAAGCGUCGGUCCUGUUCCCCACGGUGGCGUCGGUGAUAGGACGUGGCGCACGUGCGAACGUCACGCUCGAUGCAAAUUUCUACGAGCUGGGUGGAAACUCCUUGAACUCGAUCUACACCGUAACGAAGCUGAGGGAUCAAGGUUACGAGAUAGGUAUCACGGAAUUUAUCACGGCGAAGAAUCUGUCCGAGGUGCUCAACCGUAUGAAGAUCAGCACAGACGACACGCCGCCGGAGAACAAUCUCAACGAGGAGGAGCAUCGAUUCGAAAUGUUGAACGAUAGCCACAAAGAGGAUACGAUCGAAAUCAUCACGGAGAGUUUCUACAGCAAAGCGGACUUGGAGCAAUGGCUGAUGCCGGACGUGUCGAAGGACGACUACCGCCUAAUGAUGGAGAUACUCUGGGGGCCUUUGGUCGAGAAAAACCUGAGCUUCGCGGUGAAAUCGUCGCGGGACGGCAGGACGAUCGGCGUGGGCCUGAACUUUGACCUGUGGGACGAACCCGAGCUGAUACUCGACUCCAAGUUAACGAUCGUCUUCGAGUUCCUGGAGUACCUGGAGGAGCCGAUCCGCGAACGAAAGCUACCGAAAGGGAAGGGACAAAUAAUCCACAAUUUCAUGAUGACCACCAGCAGCGACAUGAACCCGGCCGAGAACGUGAUACUGAUGAAAGAGAUGGAGGAAUAUUGUUUAGAACUGGCCAAGAGGAAAGAGUACGCUGGAAUAUUUACCACGAACACCAGUCCGCUCACGCAGCAACUCGGAAUGGACGUGUUCGGGUACGAAACGAUGCUGACGUACCAAGUGAACAAAUACAGCGCUCCUGAUGGAACGAAGCCCUUUGGGAAAGCGCCGAACAGUCAACUGGCAAUUUGCUCGUUAAAAAUGAUCGACUAAUGCCCUCUGGAACGGAUGCAUUAGCCAUUUACGCCGCGCGAGGGCGCAAUUUAUCACGGUCUUUCGUGACAGCAAAAUUGCAUGCACUAAGCGCCUGAGUUCGACAAAUUUUAUUCGCGAAUGACCGAUAUAAAUUUGAAACUUAUUCGUAAAUAAACUUUUGCCUAAAAGAUUGAUUUACGAGUCAAAGAAUUUUUAAUCGGUAUUCACGAAUAAACGUAUUGCACGACUUUACGAUAGAACGAUAGAAACGACAUCGAGUAUUAAUUUAUUUUAACAAAGCAUUGUCAUGAUAUUGUAUAAGUGCGUGCAAUUAUUUCGUAUUUCGGUAUAAUUAAUUGUCAUUGUUAGUUUUUGUUUGCACUACCGUGCUCAAUGGCGGAUAUAAAAGCAACAAAGGCUUGGCAACAAAAAAAAAUCUAUUACUCGAAUCUUAAUUGCUUCAGAUGAUUUCUUUAACCGUUGAUAAAUAUUGAAAAAUCAUUAAAACUCGAACGUUUGUUAGCCUUCCAACCUUUGAGCUUUUCGAAAUCUGCCACUUAAUUAAGAAAAAUUGUAAAUAUUUUUGUACAUACAUAGACAACAUAUGUGAUAGACGAAUCCUUUCUUCCGGAAGCUCCAGUUAAGACUGCUCAAGCUCUUCGUCGAAUUUCCUGUACAAAAUUUUAAAAUCAAUAUUCGCAUGGAAAUGCAACGGAAAUUUAAGCGUAUAAGAAGAAAUUAAUAGGUUAAGUAAGUUAUAACGCGAUCCAAAUACGAAAAUUGUUGAUUAAUUUAAUAAAACUAAUUCGAAUACCUUCCGGUGCUCUGUUC